AGCUGCCUAACCUGUUUUCUUGCAACCCUAAUGGAUUAUAUUUUACUUCCCGUUUCCUUAGCAGAGAUGAAGUAUCGGAGUGCUUUUCCUGCUCACCACCAGAGCAGACAGCUCCCGUUCCUCUAGUCCUCCUGGCAGCCAGGGACAAAGCAUCCGCUCAGAUGCGGGAAACCCAGUCAUGUUAAGACACAGCCUGAUUUUUUUUGCUUUUGGACUAACAUUAAUGGGAAAACCUUUUUGGAUAAAAGGUGUCUCCUCUGAACAGACAUCCAGGCUCUCUGCACUAGAAAUAAUUAUUCCUCGAAGCCUGACACACAGAGAGAGACAUUACCCUCUUUUUCACAAGGAGCAUUUGGAUGACAAUCUUUCUUACUCAAUCCACACCAGAAAUGGAAUGUAUCUUCUAAAACUGAAGAAAAAUAAACAGCUUGUUAGUGAAGACUUUGUGCUGUACACGUAUGGGGACAGUGGGAAACUGGAAGCAACACAAUCAAAACCCAAGACACACUGUUAUUACCAUGGCUACGUUGAAGGAAUUGCUGACUCAAUGCUUGCGCUUAGCACAUGCGAUGGCCUCAGAGGACUUCUCUACAUCGGUGGCACAUGGUACGGAAUGGAACCGCUCAACACAUCCAGCACAUUUGAACACACAUUUUACCAGUUAGAAGAUACACAGGAUAUCCCUUUCCAGUGUGGUGUGCUGAAUGGCAGCUUCCAUCACGAGAUGUUUGUGAAGCACUCUGUGAAAUACGCAUUUUCAUCAAACAGUACCUCUAGCAGGGAACAGCUUUUGAGGAAGAAGCGAGCUGUCUUGCCCCAGAGAAACUAUGUGGAAUUAUUUAUGGUCGUGGACAACCGCAGGUUUUUGUUGAAGGAAUCUGAUCCUGCUGCAGUGCAAAAGGAAACGGUGGAGCUCAUUAAUUACGUGGAUGGGAUGUACAGAGCAUUAAACAUCCAGAUUGUUUUGGUUGGAUUAGAGAUCUGGACUGACAGAGACCACAUCUCUGUAAUGAAUGGCUCAGCUGGAGAUGUACUCAGUAGAUUCGUGUCUUGGAGACAGAAAGUUCUACUUAAACGAUCAAGAAAUGAUGUCAGCCAUCUCCUAAUAGGGAGAAGCUCUUACAGUGGAUCCAUUGGGAUGGCUUUUGUGGGUACUGUCUGCUCACAAGUCCGGGGAGGGUCAAUCAGCACUUUGAAUCAUAACAAUAUGUUACGUCACGCAACAGUAGUGGCACAUGAACUGGGGCACAACCUCGGAAUGAAGCACGACGAUAAGCGGUGUCCUGCAUCCUACAUUAUGCACGGCACAGAGAAUGGAUCCAGGAAUUUCAGCACCUGCAGCGCUGAUGAUUUUGAGAACCUUAUUCUAAGUGGAGGAGGAAUCUGCCUUAGAAAUCCUCCCCAAGCAAGCAGUGUUUACAAAGAACCUGCCUGUGGGAAUAAUGUGGUUGAUCACAAUGAAGAAUGCGACUGUGGCAAACCACAGGAAUGCACCGACCCUUGUUGUGACGCUGCAACCUGCAAACUCAAGCCGGGAUCGCAGUGCGCGCAAGGACUGUGCUGUGAAAAGUGCAAGUUUAAAGUGGCGGGAGCAGAAUGCAGGCCGAAAAUGGAUCCCUGCGAUCUCCCCGAGUACUGCAACGGCAGCACUGCCUACUGCCCCGAGGACACUUACAUCAUGAACGGUUACCCAUGCAACAACAGGAAGGCCUAUUGCUACUAUGGGGUGUGCCGGAGCUUUGAUUCCCAAUGUGAAUCCAUAUAUGGAAAAGGGGCACGGAAAGCACCUGAUGUAUGCUUUGAGAAAGCAAAUAUCAAAGGAGAUAGGUUUGGCAACUGUGGGAUGAGAGGCGGAGUGUACAAGAAGUGCUCUGUUCAGCACAGUCUGUGUGGCAAACUGCAGUGCACAUCCGUGAGUCUGCAAAACCUCCCUGCCUGGAGCGUCAUCAAUAACGCCUCAGGGGUGUUAUGCUGGUCUUCUGACUUUGACUUGGGAUCCGACGUCCCUGAUCCUGCUCAAGUUCAUGAUGGAACGGCCUGUGGAGAAAACAAGGCCUGUAUAGAUUUUGAAUGUGUUAACGCAAGUCAUCUGGGCUACAACUGUGAUGUGAAGCAGAAGUGCAACAACAAUGGGGUGUGCAACAACAACGACAAUUGCCACUGCAACGCGGGGUGGGCGCCUCCGCUCUGCGACCGGUUGGGCUAUGGUGGCAGCGUGGACAGCGGCCCAGCGCACAUCGACACCUCACUUCGGGAUGGUCUUCUUGUUUUCUUCCUCCUUGUGUUGCCAAUAGCAGUUGUCACCAUCAUGGCAGUAAUCAAGCGGGAUGCAAUAAAAAGGAAGUUUUGCAGGAAAAGCAGAAGACAACAGAGGGAUAACAACGUGCAGCAACCAAAGCAAAGUAACGGACUGAGUCAUCACACAAGGAAUGAUCAGCCCGCUGCAUCAAGGCCUGAUUUUUUUACCAUCUCGCAUUUCCCUGCUCCAAGGCAGCCAGUACAGACGCAGUUUCCUGCAGCUCCUCCAGGACCCGCACAACCCACAGUCCCACCUCGACCAGCAGCCUGAAAAGCUUCCUGGGAACCUGCAGCCAGCUCCAAAGAGCAACUGGUCUGAAAAAGAAAACAAAGAUUGCAGUCCUCCAGUCCUCUCCUCGUGCAGCCAAAGCACCCUCUGAGAGCACCGACCUCUGCGAAAGACCUGAUGCUAAGAGGCACCGAACACAGGCUUUGUAACUUCCCACAAUUUUGCUGUUGCUGUAUUUGUGCCUCUUCUACCUCAACUCUCAGUUUAAGUGAGAAGCCUGAAGCUCAGCUCCUGGAGCAAAUCAGAGAACAGGGCUCUCCAGGAGUGCAGCCGCACUUGCAGGCCACAGAGAAGGGAACUCCAUUAUUCUGACACAAUUGAUUCCCCUCCACCCAGAUGCUGCUGUGCAAACAACAGCGCGGGUUGAGCUCUUGGGGAGCAAAGCCUGCCUGCUCCCCACAGCCGUGCGCAGCCGGGCCCUCCCGGGGCUGCUGCACGCAGCUGUACCCCUGUGCUGUGCACCUCAGGGCAGUUCCCAGGCCUUGCUCCAAUCCCUACCUCUGGGAUAGCCAUUCCAAAAGCUGGGAUCCAGGUCCCGCUUCUCGUUACUGACCAGCCACAUCAGUUCAGUGUAGAAGCAUUUUAUUUUAACAAAAGUCACAAAGCCCUUGAAGGACUAUAAAUGGUGCAGUGAAGAGGAAACAACCGAUAGCAGCAGAAGGCUAUGGCUGUAUGCCCAGAAGCUGAGAGGGAGGUGUAAGUUAGAAAAGUAGAAAUCAUGAUAACUUAGGGGAAAAACAUGUAAAAUAUGCAAAGCUAAGUAACCAAGUAAGGACUUGAUCUAGGCGUGUGGACUGUAGCAACUAACCAAUAGUAGUAUACACUUAUAUGCGUGAACAGCUGUCUGUAACCAAUCAAGUGAUGCCAAGUUUUAGAGGUAACAUAACAUUGGGUAUAUAAGGAGCUCGCUAAGAGCAAUAAAGGUCUUUGAUCCAAGAUAUCGGAGUGCGUGCCGUCAAUCUCCUCAGUUCAGGGCAUUUAUAGCAGGACCCUUGUACCAGGAGAUGAGCGCUGGGAAGAGCUCUGUGGAUAAUGUCCUGGAAUCUGACAGACAGGAGCCAUCGCUGCUGUUAGAGGAAAUAUGGGGUGUCAGGAAAGAGCAUCGCACAGUGCCGCCGUUCUCCCGUGUCUGCUGGUUAUUGCAGCUGAGGUUUCUGCUAGGAACCGACUCUGCUACAAGAGCGACAGAACCUUCAUCACUCUGAACACGACACUUGGGGAGCAGAGCUGGUUUGGAGGAAUACGGAUGAGUUACACAGCUUGUCCAGAAUGGCAUUGAACAGGGAAGAAGCAAAACCGACUGGGAGGGUCCAAUUAUGGAAUUGCCUUGCUGAGGCAAUAUUCCUGACCCCUUCAGUGGUCAUUUCACAGCAGGGCUUGGCGAGAGGACCCAAAAUACACCGCAGGCACAGAGCGUCUUCCAAAAGCAUCAUUGGCCUUGAUUCCUCACAACUUCAAAUUGUCAUUAUUAAAUGUCCCUAAUAACAAGUGCUGCUGCUGUCAGCGAGGCGGCGGCGCUGCCCGGUGCGCAGGGGCCGAUCUCGCUGUUCAGAGCCUGCGCCAAGUCUGGCCCCGCGGGGGGACGGACGCCCCCAAUGUGGGUGUGAGGCCCAGGCACUGAACCCACAAUGUUAUACGUUGCAGAUAGAUCCAUAUCUGUAGAAUUCUCAGAAAAGCCGUGCACAUUCCUAACCAAUCACACUAGCUUGAUCUUUUACUGUGCAUGCGCCCCGAAACCCUGACUGCACUGUCCCACAAUCUUCUCCACGCCGCCUCGGGGGCCGCACAGCCCCGCACGGAGGAGCUGCCACGGUUCCUUCUGGCACUAAAGUUCAACCAUCGGUGCUCGUGUUUCUCGGUUCUCACAGCAUCACUUUGUUUACCAGACUCUUUGUGGUCUUCAACUCGCCCCACGGUGCCCGCGCGAGGUGAAUUUUGCUAAAAAGACAGUAAAUUUAACCAAGCACCUCCUUUUUCCAUAACAAAUUGGGGAAAGUCUCCUUUCUCAUAACAAGGUUGGUGAUCUCCAAUCUGACUCUGAGCUCCUUGUGAAAGCGUUUGUGCUUCGGGGCCUUUUUGCGGCUUUAUAACUCCAUGGGUUUAUGGUUUCUUUCAGCAGUCUCACACCGAUGCCGUUGGCAACAACCGGGCGGCGCCCCGGGCUCUGAGCACCGGGAUGUGAUCCAGCCUUAUCCCCAACGCGGAGCGCGCGUUCUUGGCUGCUCCCCGCGCCUCCCACCGCCGCCGGGCUCACCGGGAGGAGUCCUGCCUUCAUUCCCGGUCCGGAGCGCGUGACCCCGGGUGUUCCCCGCCCCGGUCCCACCGGGAUGCGGUACAGCCCGAAUCCCUAAUCCAGAGCCGGGGUUCCCGGCUGUUUCCCACACGGCCGCGCCGCUCCCGGGCUCACGGGGAGGCGUUCCUGCCUUCAUUCCCAACCCAGAGCGCGUAAUCCUGGGUUUUUCCCCGCCCCGGUCCCGCCGCUCCCGGUCUCACCGGGAUGCGUUUCAGCCCGGGCUGGAGGGACCUUAAGGCCCCGCCGGUCCCGCCCGUGCCGUGGGCGCGGACCCUGCCCGGGGCGCCUCCCGCCCCGCCCCCGCGGGGACGCGUUCCAGCCCC